AUGUACAAUUAGUUCUAAAAUUAAGGAUAAUAAAAUUCCAAUAAGCUAAGGUAUAAUUGGAAGAUUAUUUUGAUCUUUUUACCAUUUGCUUUAGGCAUAGGAAUCUAUUUUUCCAUCACAAGUGGAUAACCUAAAAAUGAUCCUGAUUAAACAAUAAAAAUUCAGCAAUCUCAUUCCAAAAUUCCAUAUUUCUACAUAUCUACCUAUGAAGAAUGCAAGAAAGAACUUACUCUUAGUAUAGAUAAUUACACAUCUUCAUUUGAAUUGCCAAGGUAAUAUCCAUUUGCAUAUACUAAAUGCGAAAGAUCCGAAAGAUAAGACUAUUCAUAUAAAUUACAGUAGACAUCAGAAACUGUUUUUUAACUUUAUAAGUAAUAUACUCAAAUAAUCGAAAUAAUUGAAGCUUCUUAUUAUUUGUAGUUUUCUGAAGUGCUUUUCAAUAUGACUGAUCAAGUGAUUUUAGGUUAUGAAUAAGCAAAUUUAAAUCGACCUGCUUAUUUUGUAAGAACUAGAAGCAAUAUAUUUUAUUCAUUUGUAAUUUAUACAUCAUCAAAAGUUGAAUCAAUUUAUCAAAAUUAACUUUUAUAAAUAAGAGUUUAUGGAGGACGAGUAAAUAUUAAAUUCUUUCUUUAUGAUGAACCUGAACAAAUAAUUAAAGCAUAUCAUUAGUUUAUAGGUGGUUAUAAAUUGUUUCCAUUUUGGACUUUAGGAUAUCAAUAUUUUGGAUAAUGGAUUGAAAAGAAAGACUUAUAAUAUCUAGAAGAAAAAUAGAUACCUCUAGAAACUGUUUGGAUAGAUGAACUAAAAAAUGAUUAUUUACCUCCAAAUUAUAAAAAAAUUAAGAUUACUUAUCCUACAAUAAAAUUAAAUACUUAAGAUAAAAAAUAUUUAAUAAAAAACUCAAAUAGAGAACCAUAUUAAGGAUGUGUUGAUGAUGAGAAUGUUAAUUAUAUAGACUACAAUGUUUAAAAUACAAUUCAAAAGGAAACUUAGUUACAUCCCAUUUCUUAAUAUUCAGGAGUUAUGUUAAAGAAUUUUGUAAAUAAUUAGAUUAGUGAAAAUGGUUAAUGCAAAGGAAAAAAUAUAGGAAUAGAUGAGGAUGCUUUUCAUUUUAGCAAUAAAAAUCCAGUAUUAUUAGAAAAAAAAGUUACUGAAAAAUAUUUUCAGCCAUUAAAUACAUUUGCUUAGUCAAAGUAAUAUAGUGAUCAUUCUAAUUAUGUUAAAUUAAUUAUGAGUGAAUCAGCCUUCUUUGGUUAAGGUUAAUUUAGUGGUUUAAUCUUUGAUUCUGUAGAACUAGAAUAAACUAUAGGUCAUUUAAUAUAUAAUAAUUUUUUUGGAUUACCAUAUACAGGGUCAUAUGGAUGUGAUUAAAGUGAAUCAACAGUUACAUGGUGUGCAAGAUGGUUAAGUAUUUAAGCAUGGAUGCCCUUAUUUAUGAGUAGAAGUACAUAAUAAUUUCAUUUUUCUAAUCAUCCAGAUUAUUUUUAAUAGAUUCAUUUAGAAGUUAUUGCCAGAUAAUCAUUAAAUAAAUGGAUUUUUGCUUAAUUUUUAAAGAAUUAUGAUUCAAAAGUAAAUGCAUUUACUGGAACAAUUAUUUAACCAAUCUGGUGGUUUAAUACUUCUGAUAUAAAGGCAUAUUAAUAUGAAGAAAGAGAAUUUAUUUUUGGUGAAGUUUUUUUAAUUGCUCCUAUAAUUGAAGACCCUGAAGAUUAAUAUUUUACAGAAUAUGAAAUUUAUUUUCCAUAAGGAGACUAUUGGAUGGAAACAAAGUAAGUAACUUUAUUUAUGGGAGGAACUCAUGUAGCUUUCAAAAUUAUAUCAAGUACAUAAACUCCAAGUUUUUAAAAAGCUGGGUAUUUAUUAAUAAAUAUAUUAUUUAGGUCUAUAGUUUUCAAAUAGGAAAAUAUAAGUUUAAAAAUGGAAGAAUUAAAUAAUAUAUAUUCUUUAUAUGUUGUUUUUGCAAGAUAACAGAAUGAUGGAGAAGCUGAAGGGAUUAUGAUCACAUUGCAAGAUUUGAAUGAUGAAAAUGUUAAAAAGAAAUGCUAUGAGAAUGGUAAUAAUUGUUUGAUGAAAGUGAAAAUAAGAUAUGUUUUUGAUGAAAAAUAUCAUUCAGAACAUUAUUUUAUUAGUUGUAAAGGAAUAGAUAAAAAUACAGUAUUUGAAAAUGUAUAGAUUAAUACACUUAAUUUAUAUCAUUCAAAAUUACAUAUCUAAAACAAAAUUACUUUAAAGAAUCCUUUAAUUAUUAAAGAGAGUUUCAAAUUUGAAUAUGAUUUAUAAUAAUAUAUGUAUUGA